AUGCUCCCAGAAAAGCUUCAGGAAUCUUCUUCUUCAGAAGAAUUCCUUUCAAGAACUGAAGACUCGGCAGAACUGGAAGACUCGGCAGAACUGGAAGACUCGGCAGAACUGGAAGACUCGGCAAAACUAGAAGACUCGGCAGAACUGGAAGACUCGGGAGAACUGGAAGACUCGGCAGAUCAUCGCCAAUUUUUGCCACCGCAAAUAUUUUUGAAUGAUACGCCAGAUGCGUCACCAAUCAAACCGGAGAACUUUGAAAAAGAUCCUCGAAACGUUCUCUCCGGGAAAGCAUCGAAUCUGGAACGGCCAGCGCGACCGCCCAAGCCAAUUUUUCAGGCUAAGCCAAUGGUUCCCUCAAUGCCUACCGUACAACAAACGACCGUCACAAGCCUAAGCUCCGUAUUAACAGACGAUUGUCCUCCACCCCCACUGCCGAGACGCGCAUCAAGGCGUCCUAGAAUUUUCAUCGCGGCUAAAGGGGAAAAAUCUGAGCUACAAACGGAUAAUUUCAAGCGUUUCUCUCCAGAUGCUGUACCACCAGACCCAUCAAACCCAACAAAAUCUUUUUCAGCGGACUAUGCUGCUGAAGAAGAGCUUGGCAAAGGUGGUUUUGCUGUGGUUAAAGUAAAUCGAAAUGAGAAUCCACCAAUUGCCAAAAAAUACAUUUGGAAGAAUUUCCGAUCAAAGCCAGACGCAGUUCUCAAUAGAGAACGUGAAGCUUUGGAGAGGAUGAGGCACCCAAAUGUGAUCGUUUAUUACGAUUUCUCUGAAGAAAAAGAUUUCUAUGUGAUCAGUAUGGAAUUAUGUGAAAGAGGGAAUCUUCGACAAGUUGUCGAUGAUCCGAAAACAAUCUACAGUAUGAAAACGGUUUAUUACUGGGCUGAGCACUUGUUCGCCGGAUUGGCCUAUUUCGAAAAGAUCGCUUUGCUUCAUAGAGACAUAAAGCCUUCCAAUAUUCUUGUCACUUUUAAUUAUACACUGAAAUUUGCCGAUUUCGGUCUGGUGAAAGAUUUGAACAGCCAGGCCGAAAGUUCACAUCGAAACGUUGGAACUUACCGAUAUAUGGCUCUGGAAACGUAUGAGCUUCAAGGAGCGCCUCAACCAAGCUAUAAAAGUGAUCUUUAUGCCGUUGGGUUGAUUCUCUGGGAAAUCGUUGAACGCAAGAUGGUUUUUCAAAAAUAUGGUGGUCCUUCAAAUUUUAAGUUUUUCCAAUUUGCAAUCGAACUUAAAAAUGGGGAAGCUAAGCUGGAUGAUCCGAAAUGCGAGGAAAGCUUGAGAUCAAUCAUUAACAGAUGCACCAACUUUGAUCGAGAGCUUCGACCAAGUGCUGGCGAAAUUUUCCCACUCAUAAAAGGGAUGAGACAGAGUCUCACUAGCUACGAAUUUUGGCCAAAACAAAGAGAAACACAACAAAAAUUGAUUCGACCAAUUGGUUUUGAUGGAACGGAUGAUGAAGUAAUGGUAGAAAUCGUGGAAAUAGCAAACCAAACGAUCAAACAAAUUUCGCAAAGUGAUGAAGAUGAGAUAACAGUCAUUGCCCUU